UGACAGCCAUGACAUGGUUGUCUAUUAACUUGUUCAAAAACUAUCAGGAGUUGUCAAGGCUCAGGCGGGCAGAGGCGCAAAAGUACAGUUUGUUGAUGCUUUUUGGAGGAAGCGAGAGAAGUUUUGUGGACACGACAUAGCAGGGACCUAUUGGGAGAAGGCUCUCUGUCCACACACACUCUCACACACACACACACGCACACUCGGGGGACGGAAGAGAGAAGGGAGAGUGUGUGGAGACGCGGCUUGAUGCUUGUUUUUGUCCAGAGAAAAGUUGCAGAGCAACCCGACAGGUAACUUUCAGCCGCUGCGCUCCUCGCUGCCUCCGGCUCCUGGAGUUUCUGUUUCUUUUUCUUUCUUCCUCUUUUUUUUCGUCCUCCAUUCGUCGGCUUGGAAGCACCGACUCAAAGCUGUUCCUGAUGUAUAACAUGAUGGAGACUGAACUGAAGCCCCCAGCUCCCCAGACCAACACGGGGGGCACGGGAAACACCAACACCACGGGGAACGGCACCAACCAGAAAAACAGUCCGGAGCGGGUCAAGAGACCCAUGAACGCGUUCAUGGUGUGGUCCCGGGGCCAGAGGAGGAAGAUGGCGCAAGAAAACCCCAAAAUGCACAACUCCGAAAUCAGCAAGCGGCUGGGAGCAGAGUGGAAGCUCCUGUCGGAGAGCGAGAAAAGACCUUUCAUCGAUGAAGCCAAGAGGCUGAGGGCCCUGCACAUGAAGGAGCAUCCGGAUUACAAAUACCGGCCCCGGCGGAAAACCAAGACCCUCAUGAAGAAGGACAAGUACACCUUGCCCGGCGGGCUGCUGGCUCCUGGAGGAAACGGGAUGGGCACUGGAGUCGGUGUCGGGGUGGGGGCCGGACUGGGCGGUGGAGUGAACCAGCGCAUGGACAGUUACGCAGCGCACAUGAACGGCUGGACCAACGGUGGCUACGGCAUGAUGCAGGACCAGCUGAGCUACCAGCACCCGGGUCUGAACGCGCACAACCCGAGCCAGAUGCAGUCCAUGCACCGCUACGACAUGAGCGCCCUGCAGUACAACUCCAUGACCAGCUCCCAGACCUACAUGAACGGCUCCCCCACCUACUCCAUGUCCUACUCCCAGCAAACCACGCCGGGGAUGACCACCCUGGGCUCCAUGGGGCCCUCCUCGGUGGUCAAGUCCGAGUCCAGCAGCUCCAGUCCGCCCGUUGUCACCUCCUCGUCCCACCGGGCCGCUCCUGGCUGCCAAAGCGGGGACCUGAGGGACAUGAUCAGCAUGUACCUGCCCGGGGCCGAGGUCAGUGACCAGAGCGCCCAGACCAGGCUACACAUGUCCGGCCACUACCAGAGCGCCGUGCCCGGGACGACGAUCAACGGCACGCUGCCGUUAACACACAUGUGAGAGACAGACAGACAGAGAGAGAGAGUGAGACAGAGCAAAAGAACUUUUAUAAGAGAAACUGCGGACUAUAAACGCUGGACUAUUUUUGUACAGAAAAAUUUGGGGUGGGAAAAGUUGUAUAGAAGUUUCCAGGAAAAAAGGACUCCACUGUUUCUUUUAAAAUUUAUUUUAUUUUUUAUUUUAUUCUGAAGAAGCUCUAGAGGAACGAUAGGAGACCCCCCCCCCCCCUAAAAUGGUGGAUGGAGUUUGGAAAUCUAGAAAGUGGGAGUCGCAAUCAGAUGUUUUAUUAUUGCAAUCACCUUUUGUACAGUAUUUAUCAAAGAAACAUUACAAUCAGAGGGAAUUGCUAAACUGCAAGAGGUUGCAUCUUUCUUUUCGUUUUUUAUAUAAAGCGGCGCCAGUUCUGCAGAAAAGAUGAAUGAAUAAAAACUGCAGAAUUGGAAUUUUUAUCAGUUAGAAUUACUGCAAACACUGGAAUGAAAAGGGACAUAAGAAGCAGGUAAAACUGUUAUUCUUUUCAGUUUUUUCUCCAUUUAAGGUCAACGUUACUAAACUUUUAUUUCUUUGAGAAACAAACGUGAGACAAUUUUUUCUGUCAUGCAGCUUAAAUUUUUAGCUAGUUAAUUUAUAUUUCCGUCUCCCACUUUUCAUCAUUUAGCGGACAUGACGCUUGUGCUCUUUAUUUUUUUUAUUGAUUUGUACAAUUUCUGUAUAUUUACUGUGACAUUUGAAGUUUUUAUUUCAAAGCUCAUUCCCGUAGUUGUAUUUUGAAACUCGUGGCCUGUACGCAGAAGCCACGCACUCCAUGUAAAUACCCCCAGACUAAUACCAUCCUUAUAACAGUUACAGUUUCAGCUGAGUAUAUUUUUUUUCAAUAUGCGGUUUGAAAUGAAUAAAUUUUGGAAAUUUG